CUUGCACAACUGCAAGUUUUUAAAUAAACUAAUGUCAAAUGUCAUUGUGGGAGAAAUAUAUCAAGACAUCAUUAGCGAUGUUAUUCAAGCGUCUCGACAUGAUUUCGAAGAGUAUGGAGUUGAUAGUUCAGUUUUAACUCAGUUAAAACAGAUAUGGCAAACACGUUUAGCAACAACAAAUGUUGCACAGUUUCCUUGGACUGCAUCUUUUUUGACAGAAACAAUGCCAGUGCCAUCAAGAAGGACAGAAGUACCUUUAUUAAGUAAUCCUGCAAUGUCUGCAAUGCGUGCAGCACAACAAAUUCAACAGUUGGCUCAAGCACGACAAGCGCGAUUUUACGGAGGAGAAUUUGCGCAAAAUAAACAUCUUGAUCAUAUUCCACAAACGGAUGGAAUUGAAGUUGAAACGUGGGCUGCAUUGAAAAAAGAAGUCUUUUCAAAGGAUUCAAUACCAACGACAAAGCAAAUCGAUACUUCACUUAAUGAAACACUUCUCCAAAUACAUAACACUCAAAAAGCCUUUAGGGCUCAUGAAAAGGAAGCAUUAGGGUUUCAGCAGUCUCUGAAGACGCAGGAAAUACAGGGGUCAGAUCGGUCUUUUCUUCAAACAGAUGGCAUGGAUUCUGAUUCAAUCAAUUCUGAUCUUGACUCCGAAACUAACUCUAACCCAGACGAUCUCCCAGAACAUGAUGAUGAUGGGCAACUUGUGCUUUGUUUAUACGAAAAGGUGCAACGAACGAAAAAUAAGUGGAAGUGUGUUCUUAAAGAUGGUAUUGUUGGUAUGGGUGGUAAAGAUUAUCUUUUUAUGAGAGCCAAUGUAAGAAAGGUGCCGAUUCGGUUGAAGACGGUAUUUAAUCUUUUCAAGGGAGAAUUUGAAUGGUGA